GAGUAAGCUAUUUAAAAGGAGUGUAUAUGUGUGUUAAAACAGUUUGUGCUUACUAAGUUCUUUAUUAGGGUAUUAUUUCUUAUAAAGGAAUGUCUAACAUUGUACGUUGCUCCUUGUUUAAUGGGAAAAUAAAAUCUUCUUCUAUACAAUGAAUUUAAUCUGAAAUUUCGUGUUAAAUAAAAUUUUAUAUUUAAUUAACAUUUUACUUCGCUCAAGACCGUAUCUUUUCGUCAUAAAACAUACUAGCUUCGCUUAUCUAAUUUUUUAGUUUUAAUGUUUUACUUGUGAUGAUUCAAGCCUGGAUUAUAACAUUAACAAUAUAUUGGUCAUAGUUAUAUAUGUAUGAUGGUCAGCAUUGGUCCUAGUAUAUUAAUGAUGAAAUACAUUGCAUUAUUUGAAAAUUCAUAUCUCUCCCGUAUUUUAUUCUGACUUUAGUGAUCAGAUCUAAAUAUAGAUAUGCCUGUAAACAAAGAGAUCACGUGGGAAGCAUAGUUAUGGACUUGACCCACUUAAAAUCAGCUGAUUUUUGUUUUGAUGGGCGAUAAAGGAUAACUCUGAACAAGACUUUUUUUACAUUAUAUCAAUGAUAAAAAAAUAAUGGAGCAAUAUUAGAUACAUUUCUUGAAGAAAACGAAAAAUGUCAACAUGAUAAAAGGAUAUAAAUGAUUGUCAUCGCCGCCAAGGGUGAUUCGAACAUGGUGGAAGAGACAGGAGAUUGGAAGUGGGCUGUGGUUGUGGCAUCUUUUUUCGUUCAGUUUAUUAUAUGUGGGAUAUCCUAUAGUAUUGGAAUAUUCCAUAUAGUUUUCAAAGACAUUUUUGAACAUGAUCAUUUUGACACUUCAUGGGUCGGAUCUAUCUUACUGUAUGUUACAGCUUUAACAAGUAUCGUUUUAAGAUGCUUUAUGUCCCAAUUUGGAUAUCGGAUCAGCGUGAUGCUAGGAGGACUGAUCUCCUCCAUUGGUCUAGGACUGGGGAUGUUUGUGACGGACCUGUAUCAGGUUUACCUCACAUUUGGGGUUAUAACAGGUAUUGGAUUUGGACUGGCAUGUACACCAUCUAUAAUGGCUGUCGAGCAGUAUUUUAACCAUAAAAGAUUUCAGGCACUAUCUAUUGUUAUGGGCGGCAUUGGAGCCGGUAUAAUAACAUUCCCUGUAGUAAUAAAAUACCUCUUAGAAUACGCUGCAUGGAGGGGCACUUUACUAACAUUAUCAGGAAUAGCACUGAACUUGUGUGUAUGUGGUGCCGUCAUGUUCCCUGUUGCCAAAGGGAGGCAAGUUCGUCUCAUGCCUCUACUGUCAUGUCUACCUCUCCGUAAUAUUGUCUUUCAUGGCAUGUGCAUUGCUAAUUUAUUCUGGAGUUUUGGAUCUACAAUCAUAUAUAUUUAUUUACCUUCUUAUGCUAUGGAGUUCGGAACAGACUUCGGCACUGCCUCAUUCUUGAUUUCCUGUAUCGGCAUGUCAGCCUUUACAGCCAGGAUGGUAUUUGCUUUCAUGGGACAUAACAGUGCAUUGGAUGAUAUAACAUCUUUAUUGUGCUCAGUAGGGUUAGGGGUUGUUGUGACUGGUAUCUGCCCUCUAUUGAUAGAUGACUAUGCAGGGCAGAUAGGAUACUGUAUUCUCUAUGGAUUUUACAGUGGCUAUUGGACGACAUUUUUACAACAAGCCUCACGUGAAUUAGUUGGACCAGAAUAUAUUGCUAUGGGCAAUGGUUACUUGUCGUUCAUGAUAGCUCUUGGAUCUUUACUGGGAGGUCCAGCAGCAGGUCUGCUGAUUCAAGAAGAGUCGGAAUUUGAGUACGCUUUUUAUCUAGCUGGUGCAAGUUUAUUAUGGAGUUCCGUCAUUAUGUUAAUGUUUAAGUAUCAACAAUGUGGUACAGACAGUUAUCCAGAGGACCACAGCAUCAAAGAACAAAAGAAGCCAUUGGUCAAUCAUAUACACGACGAAUUCAAACCUUCCUUUAGUGAGAUAAAAGACGGUGAUCGUAUCAUCGUUGAGGCAGCUUCAUCUGUGUGUUAGGACGUACAUUCCUUGCUGUACUGAUUUAAAAAAACUGACCAAAUCUAUUACUGCAUAACAAAGCAAGACAUUAUUGGCACUCCAAAGAUAUUACUGAAUUUGUUCCGACAUUUUGUGGUUUAACCUUUCAAGUUUUAGGAUGCAGUGAAUCAUGCUUAAAGAACAUUUAAUUUUAAAUUUAUUAUAUCAUAGGGAAGCGUCUACUUGUUUGGACACUAAAAUGUUUUAAAGUUAAAAUGUGCAAAUUCUGUUAAAGUAUCAUCUGUUCCUUUUAUUUUUCUUGUUGCCAAUGGUUCAGCUUGGAGUUCUCGGAUGACCACAAGUUUAAUAAUGUGCAAUUAUAUACAGUUCAUGAAUCUCUGUUCACGUGUGUGAAUGUGUAUGAUUAUUUCAUAUGUGUAGUACAGCCUUGUUUGUGCUAAUGAAAAGAAUAGUGGAUUUAUUUUAAAGAUGUCAGCGACGGAUCGAAUGGUUCAACUUGACUUCCCAUAUUUAACACGAAGAAUACAUUAGAUAAUUCAUAAUAGAGCCUAUUUCUACUUUGAUUUUGGUUACAUAAGAAAUUCAAAUUUUUUUUUACUAUAGUAGCCUGCAAUACUACUAUAAACAAAAGUACAUAAAAGUUUAUAUACUGUAAAAAGUAAAAUAAAAAAGAAAUACAAAAUUUGUACAACACAUUGCAAUCAAGUGAAAAUAUUCUAAUUCUCACAUAAAAAGAAAUAUAUAUUUGGACACUGUGAAAUAGACAUCUCUUACAAAGCUGUAAACAUUUGUUUGACUCGACAAAAGUGUACAACGUUUCAGAAUUUCGUAUUUGUUAAAAUAAUUGGAUUGUACUGUAGAAUUUGCCUCACAUGAAGUGUUGUGAACAACCAAAAUGACAAAAUAGUUAUACGAAUCAGGAGUGUCUGCUUCAUUUAAGUGUUUAAGAAAAUGUGAAUCGAUCAUUCUUUUUCUUGUAGAAGUAAUUUUUUGUUUACCAAAUCAUUUCACGGGCCAUCAAAAUAAACAGAAAAAUUCUAAUGCACAAAUCAAUGCAAUGAUUUAAAGCCUGGGCAUUGUUUUCCAUACAUUUUCAUUUUCAUUUAAACAUUUUAUUCUAAUAGUUUACACUAGUUUUACAAGAGACACUAUCUAGCAGUGUUACACUCGGUCUUAAUAUUUUAACUGUAUAAGAUUCUCCACCUAAAUAUCGUAUUCAAAAUUGACACGUUAGAUAAAAUUAUUAAUCUAUAAACUAUAAACAUAAGAAUUAAAAACAACUGGACAUGUUGAAGUUCUAUUAAAGUAAGAAAAAUGUUCAAAUUGUUUAGCAAAACAUUUAGACUCAUAUGUACAAAGUGCUUUAACUUAUUUUGUCAAGCUGCACAAUAUAAUUUUUCUGAUUAUGCAAGUCUUUAAUAAUAAUUUAAAAAAUAGCUGAGAUUUGCACUUCAAUUUCACAGUAUAUGUAUAUGUAUAUAAAUGUAAAUAUUUAAACUUUCUUGAAAAAAAACUUUUUUUUGUAUUAUUAUAUUUAUCAUUUGAACAUGUGAUUACAGAGACAUUAUUUGCAUGGACAUCACAUUACUGAUGAGACCUUUUUAAAGCAAAUAUCGCACUAAAAGUAUGGGAUUUUACUCUUCACACAAUCUUCAAAAUUUUCUUAUUUUCCAUUUUCCAAAAUCUUUUAUUUUUUUUUUGCAUUCAUGAGCAAAACUGGAAACGAGGAUAAAAUAAUGCCUUGUUUUCCUGAAAAAAAAAGAAAAAUACUAUCAUAGGUUAACGGAAAAGGAUGAAUAUUUUCAUGUUCAAAGGUCAAAACUUGUAAGAUACUGCUUACAUUUGAUAUUGUGGAAAUUCACUACAAACCUGUUUGAUAAACAUGCUUUGUGUAGAUAUUGCUGUUUCAAAUAUGACGAAUGGAAGGUGAAUUAUUUUUUGAACUGUUGAUUGUUAUGUUUUUCAAUGUUUUAUUCUUCUAUGGAUGAUUGAUAACAAUAUUAAACUAGACAAUGGAAAAUAAAUUGUUAUUUUUUUUUAAAA